AUGUAUGGGUACAGGUAUGAAGUUGAUGAUGAGUGCAAGAUGGCGGCUAUACAGGUGAAAGAUAUCAUGAGAGAACAGGGGUUGGAGGUUUCUGGCAAUGAGAAGUGGGAGAACGAGAAUGAGGAUGAGGAUGAGAAUGAGAGUGGGUGGGAGGAUACGGAAGAGGAGAUUUGUGAGUGCAUUGAUGGCAUCGACUAG